AUGGAUAAGACAUGGAUGUAUCGAUCAAGAUUAAGUGAUGCAUACCAGAAAGGAGUUGACAUGUUUCUCAAUUUUGCAUUUACUAAUGCAAGUUAUGAGGAUAAGAUCAUAUGUCCAUGCAUCAAGUGUGGACUUACACUUCCCGUCACUCAAUCAGUUGCAUAUGAUCACUUAGUAUGUGAUGGCUUCACAAAGGGUUACACUAAAUGGGUUUUACAUGGUGAAGCAUCAUCUAUUGCUACAACAAGUCUUAAUACACACAUGUUGAAUAGGCCACAAUUAAAUAUUGAUACACAUGGUUUAGUACACGAGACAUUUGGAAUCUCAAAUGACGAUGACAGAGUCGAUGGAGACAACCCUGAAGAUCUGGGAGAUAAACCAAAUCCACAAGCAGAGAAGUUCUACAAGUUAAUAAAUGAUAGACAAAAAGAGCUUUAUCCACAAUGUAGGAAUUUUACAAAGCUCUCAUUUAUCCUUCGGUUAUUUCAUAUCAAGAAUUUAGGCAGAUGGAGUAAUAAUUCGUUCACUAUGUUAUUAGAGUUAUUGAAGGAGGCAUUCCCAGAGGGUGUAACACUGCCUAAUACUGUUUAUAAAGUUGAGCAGAUAGUUAUGGAGUUAGGACUUAGUUAUGAGAAAAUUCAUGCAUGUCCCAAUGAUUGCAUGUUGUAUAGGAAUGAGCACAAAACUGAUUAUGAAUGUUAUGUUUGCCAUAUAUCUAGGUAUGUAACAAACCAAAAUGAUUCAAGCAACGAGGCAUCCUCUAAAAAAGGCAGCUAUAAAACACCUUCUAAGGUUCUACAUUACUUUUCUUUGAUACCAAGGCUACAAGGGUCAUUCAUGUCAUCUAAAACAGCAUUAUCUAUGAAGUGGCAUAAAGAAGGUCGCACUAAUGAUGGUUGUAUGAGACAUCCUGCCGAUUCUCCAGCUUGGAUGACUUUUGACCGCCUACAUCCUGAUUUCACAGCAGAUUAUAGAAACGUCAGACUUGGUUUGGCAUGUGAUGGUGUGAACCCUUUCAGAACAUUGAGCAGCACGUAUAGCACCUGGCCUGUAAUUCUUAUACCAUAUAAUUUGCCUCCAUGGAUGUGUAUGAAGCAGACCAAUUUUUUAUUAUCAUUGAUUAUCCUUGAUUGUAGUGCACCUGAAAAUAAUAUUGAUGUGUAUUUGCAACCUUUAAUAGAUGAAUUAAAGGAAUUAUGGGUGGAUGAAGUAGAGACAUAUGAUGCAUCAAUUAAACAAAAUUUCCAAUUGUGUGCAGCAUUAAUGUGGACUAUCAGCGACUUCCCUGCUUAUGCUUAUUUGUCAAGGUGGAGUACUAAGGGAAGUAUGCAUGCCCUUCAUACCACAAAGACACAUGCUUCCAGUGGUUAA